AUGUUUGCUUUUCAUCUGUUUUCGGCGUGGCUCUUGGCUGUCGCUGCACCGGCUUCCGGACUGAGUUUCAAUAUCCCGACAUCCCCACCAUCGAAUUACAGUGCACAACUUUCAGCCGCUCCAGUCGACUUCUACUCACAUCGUAGCUUCGAAAUUUUUGCAUUCCCCGAGUAUAUCCAAGAUAUACAAUCAACGACGUGCUUGAAGAAUAUGAAAGACUUGACGGGAACAUGGCCACCUAUAAGAAUUGGAGGCACGACUCAAGAUCGUGCAACAUACAAUGCGUCGUCAGCGGAGACUGUCAAUUACACUGUGGCUAGCACGAUCGAUGCACCCGAAUCUCUGACUUAUGGCCCUUCUUUUAUUUCCUUAGCUGCAAGUUACGCUGGCAGGGUGAUUGUUUGUUUAAAUCGCCGAUUGGAUAAACUAUCCAACAUAGCUUCUGCAGCGCUUCUCAUUCAAAGCCAGAUAAAAAACCUUUAUUCCGGAAAAUCCUGGACAGCUGCCACAGACGAGGCUUCCCAAGUAAGCUGGCAAGAAACCGUCUGCGGGAACCUAUCAUCAUCAGACGUUAUCUCUGCAGGAGUCUACUUUGGCACUCCUCCAAUGAGUGUAAAAGACCUCGCAUCCAGAGAGGAGAGUACAAAUAGCCGUGUCAAAAAUUAUUGCUCUCACAACUAUGGCCAAAAAUUGCUCAGCAAUUGGUCGGCCUGUCUAUCUUUAAUA